UAAUCUUUGCUCAGUCCAACGUGGUCCCUUCACCCGGGCUCCGCUCUUGCCUUCUCCACACUUGUUUGAUUUAUGAGGAAUCCAAGAUGAAUUUGGAGCAGGAGAGGCCAUUUGUCUGCAGUGCCCCAGGCUGCUCCCAGCGCUUCCCAACAGAGGACCAUCUGAUGAUUCACAGGCACAAGCAUGAAAUGACUUUGAAGUUUCCCUCAAUAAAAACUGACAAUAUGUUAUCAGAUCAGACUCCAACCCCAACGAGAUUCCUGAAGAACUGUGAGGAGGUGGGUCUCUUCAGUGAACUAGACUGCUCCCUUGAACAUGAGUUCAGGAAGGCCCAGGAGGAGGAGAGCAGCAAGCGGAAUAUCUCGAUGCAUAAUGCGGUUGGUGGGGCCAUGACGGGGCCCGGAGCUCACCAGCUUGGCAGCACCCGGCUGCCCAACCACGACACCAGCGUUGUGAUUCAGCAAGCCAUGCCGUCGCCCCAGUCCAGCUCUGUCAUCACUCAGGCACCGUCCACCAACCGGCAGAUUGGGCCUGUCCCAGGCUCUCUAUCUUCUCUGCUACAUCUUCAUAACAGACAGAGACAACCCAUGCCAGCCUCCAUGCCCGGGACCCUGCCCAACCCUACAAUGCCGGGAUCUUCUGCCGUCUUGAUGCCAAUGGAGAGACAGAUGUCAGUGAACUCCAGCAUCAUGGGGAUGCAAGGUCCGAAUCUCAGUAACCCCUGUGCUUCUCCCCAGGUCCAGCCAAUGCAUUCGGAAGCUAAAAUGAGGUUGAAGGCCGCGUUGACUCACCACCCUGCCACCAUGUCAAAUGGGAAUAUGAACACCAUGGGACACAUGAUGGAAAUGAUGGGCUCCCGGCAGGACCAGACGCCGCACCAUCCCAUGCACUCGCACCCGCAUCAGCACCAGACACUGCCACCCCACCACCCCUACCCACACCAGCACCAGCACCCAGCACACCAUCCUCACCCUCAACCCCAUCACCAGCAGAACCACCCACAUCAUCACUCCCAUUCCCACCUUCACGCACACCCAGCACAUCACCAGACCUCGCCACACCCGCCCCUGCACACCGGCAACCAAGCACAGGUUUCACCAGCAACGCAACAGAUGCAGCCAACCCAGACAAUACAGCCGCCCCAGCCCACAGGGGGGCGCCGGCGAAGGGUGGUAGAUGAGGAUCCUGACGAGAGGAGGCGGAAAUUUCUGGAACGGAACAGGGCAGCUGCCACCCGCUGCAGACAGAAGAGGAAGGUCUGGGUGAUGUCACUGGAAAAGAAAGCAGAAGAACUCACCCAGACAAACAUGCAGCUUCAGAAUGAAGUAUCUAUGUUGAAAAACGAGGUGGCUCAGCUGAAACAGUUGUUGUUAACACAUAAAGACUGCCCAAUUACAGCCAUGCAGAAAGAAUCACAAGGAUAUCUAAGUCCGGAGAGUAGCCCUCCUGCAAGUCCUGUCCCAGCUUGUUCCCAGCAACAAGUCAUCCAGCAUAAUACCAUCACUACUUCCUCGUCGGUCAGCGAGGUCGUAGGAAGCUCCACCCUCAGUCAGCUCACCACUCACAGAACAGACCUGAAUCCGAUUCUUUAAAAUGCAACUGUCAGAUCUGGCCUUCAAGAAGAGCAGUAGCCUACCAUGCGUCCUUUCUUUUAAGGGCAUUUUUAGAAUUAACUCAGACCUGGAAGACUCCUCAGCCCUUCAAAGACUGGCUUUCAUUUUUAUAGUUAUUAUGGAAAUGUUGUCUUUUAUACUUUAGUUAUAUAAGAAAAAGGGAGUUAUGCAAUUAAUAUCUAUCAGCUUGGGAAAUGCUUGGUGCUUUUCUCCAAUUUUCUGGUACCAGUUACUUGUUUAUAAACUGAACCUUUUCUGUAUAUAGUCAUGGUUUCAUUCUGAUCAGUCCCAACCUUUGCCUGAAACAUCGAAUCUUGUUAAACCACAGCUUUUAGCCAAAAUGAGGCAUACCUGGAUGUCAAGUAAGACAGACCCGAGGUAACUGGUAAGAAAUCUGAUGGCAUCAUAACUCAUGUUGAGUUUGCACUGUGAUGUCACCAGAAUCCCAGAUUAACACACAGCCUUUCCCACCACUUUGUUUUUUCUCACUAUAAAAAGUGAAAAGCUCCAUCAAUGUCCAAAUGAAACCACCAUCGGCCUUUUCUCCUCCUCUUGGCCCCGUUGCUCAAAUGCCUAGUCUACAUCUCCACGUUUUCUUGGGCUCCCUGUCUACUUUUCAUUGUGACUUUCUGGUUUUAUUUUUUUUUUCCCUUUAGCAUUGCAUGUGAAGAAG